AUGGUUUCCUUCAACCUUGCAGCUGCCCUGGCUCUGGCCCUGACCGUCUUGGCCAUCCCGAGCCCCCUUACCCCUGACCCGUCGGGCGACAAGAACAUCGGCAACGGAAAAGCCCAGCAGUUCAUCGGCGGCGCCUGCCUUGGAGCCGCCGACUGCGCCAGCACCUGCUGCGCUUUCCUCUCUGACGGCGGUAUCUGCUCAGGCCUCGGCGCGUCGACCCAGGCCGGGAAGAAGGGAUGUGGCUUCGAGCAGGGUGGUGCUGCACCCCCGGCAACGUCGACCACUGCCCCGGCUGGGAGCGCUACGGGUGUCCCGGCAUCCGGUGCCAUCAACCCCAACGAGGCGGGCAGCCAGAAUGUCGGACUGGGCAACGGAAGCCAGUUCAUCACUGGCCAAUGCCUCAGUGACGCCGACUGCGCGAGUGCUUGCUGUGCCAUUGGCAAGGGGCAGUGCGCAGCUAAGGCCGUGGCGACGUGCGGCUUCGUCGCCGCUUGA